AUGCCUAAUGAGAUCAUAUCACUGGCUCCGCAGCUCGUCGAACCCCCUCGUGGUCGGAAUGGUCACCGCGUCUUCUAUGGGGGUUUCCGCUAUGUCAAUAAAGACGUGCUCGAGGAACGUUUAUUCGACGUCGGCGAGUUUGCUUUCGUCCGGAUCACACCCAAUGAAGAUCCCUGCAUCGCCGAGAUGCAGCUGUGCUGGAGGGAUGAAGUGGCCGAAGUGAACUUGGCUUCCAUUCGACUAUAUUUUCUACCCGAACAGACCGACAGCGGACGCCAGAGCUCCCACGGACAGCACGAGUUGCUGGUGGCGAGUGACAGCAUUGUUCUUCGCAUUGACGAUCUCGUCGGAUGGAUUACCGAAGAGGUAGAGUGGGCUCACGGCCUGGUUGUCCCUGGGGCCGGCGAGGAGGACAAAGACAAGAAAAACAUAGACAGACAACUCAAGAGGAACAUCGAAGAUAACAAGGAGAACCUCCUCGGCGCGAAAUCUCCUCUCAGAGAACACACGGAAACCACAAACGGUUCCUCCAACAAUGGCACCGACACGACGUGUCCCCACGUCCUUGUACUAUCAUACCCGCGAUACUGCCGUUUCCGUGCCAUGCUCCGACGUCUGGAAGGACAGUACUCCGACUGGAUUCAUAAUCCCGUCGUAGAAGCCCUGGGGGGUAUCGAGUUCACGAAAAAAGGAAAAUACCACAUACAUUUCGUCAGAGAAGAUUUCGAGCACGAGUCGCUCGCACAUAACGACCAAAUCUGUGAUCACCUAGGACCAAGUCUCAAAUCCAGAUAUAAGCGUAAAGGAGUCUUCAGUCGAAGAGCGCGAUCCCCGGGUUCAGAUUCAAACGCUUCCGAGGAGGGCCGAGACAACAUUCGGAUUCAGAUAGAAAAUCGAAUGCAGAAAAACAACACGAGCGAAGCAUGUAAAAAACAGGAGGAGUUCUUAAAGAAACUGUUCAACUUCAUGAGAGAAAGAAAGACACCGAUAAACAGAAUACCCAACGUCGGACCACGUCAAGUUGAUCUGUACGACUUCUACUCGCUUUCACAAGAACUGGGCGGGUACGAAUCGAUCACCUGUCGGAAACUCUGGAAGAUUCUCCAUGACACGCUGGGAGGAUCCCCGACCAAUACGAACGCCGCUCCGUACAUGAGGCGACAUUACGAGCGGUUGCUGCUGCCGUAUGAACGACAUGUGCGCGACGCGGACGAAGAGAAACGAAAAAAGAAGAAAGCGGUGCAGGAAGAGAAAUCCCUAUUGAACACAUCCGGCAUUCAAGCUGUUCCCACAAACUUGUCAACCAUCCCGACGUCACCGGUUAUCGAAAACGAAAAGCCGAUUGUCCCUGAAAGGAGCAGUCUCGAUGGUUUGCUAAAGAAGCGGAUGGCCGAACUAGAGCAGGAGCAAAUCAAGCUCGCCGCGGCAGCGGCUGCGGCGAGAACCGCGACCCCUGCGUCCGCGGCCAGCGAAGAGCCCGCUCAGAAGAGGCCGAAGCAGGAGUCUCCGCCCUCCCCGGGCGAUGCGUCGGAUUCGUCCCCACAAAGACCCAACCCAGCGAUCUCAAGCUCCCCCCGGCUACCUCCGUCGCCGCAUACUGCGUCUCCUCCGACCCAAGUGCUUCCCCAGAGCUCUGCUUCCGUACAAAGAAACAACAGUCUGGCCCAAGCCCAAGCUGUGCAACAACUGAUGCAGCAACGACUCGACGAUGAGCGCGCGGAUGCCUGGCGCAAACAGAUAGCUCAACUAUUCGCGUUGUCGUGUGAAAAGAACACUCGUGCCUCACAGGAGCUGAUGGCUCGUCUCAUGGAACAGAUCUACCAGAACGGUCCGCACGCAGUCGCCGCGAGCUCAAUGCUCCAGGCCUUCACGGGCAGAUCGAUGACACUGCCCAGCGCCAUGGCCCAACUCCAUGAGCUCGGACGCACUUCGGCUGCCGCACCGAAGGCUAAAGCGUCCUCAUCCGAAUGGGGUUCCAGUGGAGGUCGACAAGUGAAACCGGAACCUCCCGCGAGCCCGAAGCUCUCCUUCCAGCCACACCGGAUGUCCCCGUCUCUACCCACUCCUGCAAACGGGGUGUCGACACCGCCUCCAAUAAAACGAGAACCUUCGGUGACACCGAAAAUGGUCUCUCCGCUCCCUCGACCGGAGAGUCGCUCAACUCCGGCGGCUCACGCGUCGAGUUCGGCCCACCGACCACUUGCGUCGAGUUCUUCGAACGACGUUCUAGACCUGAGUGUGAAGAAAACUCCUCCACCGACACCGACCGUCAAGACCGAGACGGUGACCCCUGAAUCCAGUCAGCCGGAAACGCCCGCGUCGGCGAACGGCCUCCUCGACCUGACGGUCAAAAGAUCAUCUGGCUCCUCAGCUCAGAGUCAGGCCAAUCAGGCUCUGAUGGCGAAUUACCUCAAUAUCGCCUCCCUCUAUCCUCAGGCUUUGGCCCAUGCGCCAACCAACAGCCACAGCAAGAGCUCAUCUCAUCGUGGCCAUCAUUCUUCAUCUUCUCUCAACUCGUUACACGGAUCCUUAUUGUCAUCGGCUCCAUCGGGCUAUUCGAAAUCUUCCUCGCACCGAACAAAAACAUCGUCGCCCUCCUCGUUCAAUCCAUUGAAUCCGUCGAUAUCCUCGAUGGCCUCGUUAUUCCAGUCAGCAGCAGCGCAAGCAUCGUCGUUGUUGCCGUCGACGUCGUCGCCUUCGCCCUCCAAAUCGAAACAACACCACAGCUCAUCGGUGCAGUCCGUUCCCAUUCCAGCGAGUAAGCCUACGAGCAACGGGAAAUUACCAAAGAUCCCCCAGCUGAUUCCAUUCCACGACAUCGCCAAGAGUGCUUCCGCGACGUCACAGUCGUUCGCCCCGCCAAAAAAAUCCACGGCCUCGUCCUCGGCCAUUCCCACUGUCUCGGAUUAUAAUCCAACCCUGCCGGCGUUCAUCCCUCAGAACCCCUAUACAGGUCUCGGAGGCUUGGCAGGUCUCGGUAUGAACCCCAUGAUGGCAGCCAUGAUGCGACAGAACGCGUUUGUGCAACAAGCUCAAGCGGCCGCAGCGGCCCAGGCUCAAGCUCAACAGGCGGCUCAACAGCAGCAUCAGCAGCAGCAGCAACAACAACAACAGCAGCAGCAGCAAUUGGCGUAUAAAGAUCUUAUCGAACGAGGCAUGAUGUUGCCGCCAGGAAUGGGAGGACCUCAGUGGCCUCCGGGCGGCGCCGCUGGUCUCAUGCAACAGUAUCUUCAAAUGAUGUACGGAGGCGCUUUGUCCCAGCCCAAAUGAGGAGCCGAGGAAAAAGUGACUGACAAUUGAUGGGAGAGCGUAAAAUCGGUUCCAACCCAAGAUUCGCUCGAGAAUCGGCGUUCUGAGGUGAAAGCCAUAUAGGUGAUAUUCACGUGCAUUAAAACCAUGGAACCGACUCAUUGAUAAUAGAUUCGCCUUCCCCCAUCAUCGAGCUACCGAAAAAAAACUUCAUCAUUAUACAAAGUACCCAAACC